AUGACACCCGCUCAAGCGAACGUCGACAACAACAAGUCUCCAACGCCCUUUGAAGCAGCCCACCAGCUGCAGCAAACCCUCCUCCAAUCAACCAGUGCCUGCUCGCCACCCCGCUCCCGCAAACACUCCCGCGCAAGCAGCACCGCGAGCGACAGAUCCGACCUGUCAGGCGUCACAGGCCAAUUCGACGACGCCGACGAGUUCGAUUACCCUCCGGGGCCGGCUGGCUCACCGUCCUCCAAACGCCGUCGCUCCAACGACUGGCCGCGUGGCCCAGAGGAUCCCUCAUCAUUAUUGGCACGCAAGGAAAACACCAGCUACCUCUGGCCCUUCCAUCACGGGCGCACGACAGGCUCCCCGCGGGCGUCCGCGCGAAACCGCCAUGCGGUCCCGGCGAGGGGUCGACGGUCCAGUGAGAGGCCUCCGAGUAUCUACUUGCGCGAUGGUAGACCUGCUGCUGGCGAUGGGGCGAAUGCGACCGGCCAACGUUCGUCCGGGAUCUUCCGCUUCGGGAAAGCGAUUGCGUCGGCGUUUAAUCCGUUUGGUGCUUGGGGUAACGUUACUGAGAUGUGGAAGGGUAGCUCGCCGGAGGCGAAUAACGCUACUGACGACCCUGUGGCGCAGGCGGAGAAGGCUUACGCGGAGUUGAAGAAGUCUGGGUACCAGGGGACGAAUAAGGGGAGUUAUUUUCAGGAUAUGAAACCGGGAGGGCCGGACGAACAGAUGUGGAAAUCGAAAUCAACGAGGGAGAGGACGGACUACAAACCGACUACUGGCUACCACUCGAGGCAGAACUCGGGCGACGGACACGAAUCGAAUACUUCGAUUCGAAGCUCUAUCAAGGAACUUCGCAAGGCCAAGUCCUCCCUGGGGAUCCCCACCAUCAACGCGACGUCCAUCUUCGGCUCACAGCGUCGUCGCUCCGACGACUCAGAGAACCCCGAAGUGCGACACCAGAAGUCGCGCAAGGAACUCCAAAAGCAAGCCAAGUUACUCAAACGCGUUAGCGAUCUAGAAGUGAAGCUCAGCAGAGCGCGUCGCGAGUUGCAGGAUCUGAUCGGGGAGGACGAAGUCUUCGAGACUAUCCUCUGUCAGGACAGGCCUUAUCAACGGAAGUUCGUACCGGGGGCGCUGCCUUCGCUUCCUUCAGAGCGACUCUUGCAUGCUGCGGCUUCGUCGCCAUCGGCACCGUCGGCCGAGCUUGCUCGUUUGGCUGCUGUGUCGGAGAAUGUCCAGCGACAGCUAGAGGAGCUAAAAGGCGGUCCUCAUUCGCCUGUUAAAUCCAAGAGUCAAGCUGCGCCUUUCACCCCGACGUCUGCCUCCCACAACAUUCGCAUGCAGACCUCCUUAACGACAGACAGCCCUCCUUCUCGCAAACGCAAGUCCCCGGACCCAGCCUCCGCCCAAGCGAGAGAAGGCCCAUCCGCGUCCAUAAGAGUUACCGAGGAGCCCACCAGCACCCCAGCGCCCGACAGCACGCGCAAAGCCAAACUACCGAAAAUGGUCAUAGGCGACAGCCCGGGGUCCGUCGAACGCAAGUGGCCGAAAGACCAGACCAAGCCCAAUAUCCAACAAACCCCCAAGGAAGAUAGAGGCAGACCACCCCUCCAACCCUCCGCCAGACGAUCCCCCUCCUCCCGGCGGAAGGCAUCCAACUCGCGCAACAGAGCAGCAGCAGCAGCAGGGGUGCCCUCGCUCCGCAUGAAAAAGGGCCGCUCGAACCUCCGCUCUGCGAGCGCUAGCUCCGAGGCUCUCCCGCGCUUCUUCCCAGACAUCGGCGACGACGGAGAUAAAGAAAACCAGUACCAGUAUCACCAGCCCGGGGAAUCGACAACCCCCAAGUCAGACGACGGCAACCCCAACCCCAACGAUGUGGCAACACCAAGUCCCAGCCCGACACCCAACAAACGCAAAAACCGCAGCGACACCACCUACAGCUACAUCCCGCCUGUACCACCCCUGCCUAAGGACCUCGCUGCCACAGCUGCGAAGGUCGAUCGACGGCUUGCGAAGGAGAUUGGUCCGAAGAGGGUGCGCGGGAAGAAGACGCAGGGUGGGAGUGCGAGUGGGAGUGGAGAUGGGGGCGUUGUUGUGCAUAAUAAGGGGAGUCGGGAGGGGUUGAACUUUCAGUGGCCGGAUGAUAUCUUUUAA